AAGUGUCCCCAUGUCCCCAGCCACAUCCAGGUCCUGGCAGGGGCGCACAACCUGGCAGCGCUCUCGGGACACGAGCAGUUCGCGGUGGCCGUGGACAUUGUGGUCCACAGUGGCUUUAACUCCUCGGAGGGUGACAGCGUCUACGCCGAUGACGUCAUGCUGCUGCGCGUGGAGCCCCCCUUCACCCCCAACUGCUACGUCCAGCCGGUGACCCUGCCCACGCGUCCCCCGGCCACCGGCACCAACUGCGUCGUCAUGGGAUGGGGGACCACCACCAGCCCCCAGG